UUUGGAUUUCAGAGAAGGAGAGCUUGUGCUGGGGGUAUGUUGCCCCCCAGGGCUGAUGUCUUAAAGCAUUCAGCAUCGAAUGUGAGUGAUCAAUGACAUAUAUAUAUGACUCUAAGCUCGGGUACACAAAGAGGGGUAGAGUCCAAACUCUGGGGAUCGGGAGUCUUCAGGUAGGGACCAUCAAUCUGGUUCUGACAGGUUGGGGGAGGAUCAUAAAGUCUUACAAAUUGGGAGUUAAGGAGGUGUUCAGCUGUAGUGUUCUUCUUUUCUAAAAUAUAAUUGUUCUCUGUGAACAGAUUUCUCGGGGGCUUCUGGAGGCAGCCUUAGGUUCAGUUCAGAUCAAUAAUCACUCCAAAUGUAGCUAGGAGUUAAAAUCCAAAUCCUUUAUUGUCUCCUUCAAAAUAACACAGUUAGUUUUCCUAGAGGCCUAUCUCUCUCCUUAGUUCUGAGAGCUCUUGUUGCUAGUGCUUUAGCUCUUCCAGCUUCUGCCUCUCACUCUGUCCGACUCUUGGCUUCUCAAUCUCCCCAACUGGCUCCUGGCUGAGGCUCCAAGAGCUUCUUAUAUAUGAUCUCUUAAAGGUGUGAACUCAAAGGUUGACUCCUUCUCUGAGAGAGUGGGAUUGUGGGUUCCUGACUUGUGAAUCUGAAUGUUAAUGUGUGAACUAAUGUGUGAACUUUUAAAGGUGUGAACUUAAGUACAUAAGCAUUGUUUCUAUGAAUUCCAAUGAGUUAGCACCUUGUUUCAAGUUCUGGCCCAUAACAUUCAGCUAGAGACAGGAAGUCUGAAACUCAGAGAUACUAGUUAGGUAUCUGAGAUAGGACAUCUGGAGUUUUCUCUUUUGGAAUGCUAGAUCUCCACAACCAUAAUUAUCUCCGUUCUAAUGAGCAGAAAAGGGGGUUUGUAACCAGGGCAACUGAUGCAGAACAAUUCAGGGAAACUGAGGCAGAACAAUUUAGGGAAAUUGAGGCAGGACAAUUAGGGAAACUAAGUCAGGAGAAUUAGAAGGGAACUGUGGCACAACAGUGGCACCACCUUGCCCCUAUCGUGGUCCUCUUCAAGAAGGAAGGACAAACAACAGCAAAAGCCCUCUACCUUGGUCGUUUUCUUGCUAAUUACUCUGCAGCCUCCCUAACUCCUUGUCUACCUCCUACUCUCAUCAGAUCAGUACCAUGAAGGCAGCUGGUGCAUUGGAUAGAGCACCAGCCCCGAAGUCAGGAGGACCUGAGUUCAAAUUUUAACACUUCCUAGCUGUGUGACCCUGGGCAAGUCACUUAUUCCCCAUUGUCUCAGGAAAAAAAAAAUCAGUAUCGCAGUUGCUCCUGGGAAAGACUAUCACCUGAUUCCCCAAUGCUCCCCCUCCUCUGGCCAUCACUCCCCUCAAUGUGAAAGGAGGUCCUUUCGAAUGGAAGCUGCUUGAAAGGACUGCCUGGAUUUUAUUUCGUUUCCCCUGGGUCCCAGGAGUUUGGCGCAUAGAAAAUGUUUACAUUCAUUCACUCAAAUAGCUGAAGGCAGUUGCGCAGAAAGAGCAUUAGUCUGGUUCAGCUUGGUCCUAGGAGAAUCAGAAACCAGGGGUGGAAGUUGCAAAUGCAGGACUGACUUCAGUAAAAACUGAUUAACAUUCAGCUGCCCCAAACAGAACGGUCUGCCUCCGAGCGUGAGUCCGCGCCUCCCUGGAAGUGCCCCGGCAGAGGCCAGAAGCUGUGAAAGAAGAAAUGUUUAACUAUGUUAAACCUAUUUUGCUUUGGCCCGGACAGCCUCCGGAGCCGGGGCGGUUCCGCAGCUUUCGCAACUACACAAGUCCCAAACAAUGGCAGCGCACUUUCCCGGGGCGGGAGCAACUGCGGGAACGGCUGCUGUUCCACCGACUGCGCAGCCGCCCUCCGGGUUGUGGGCCAUUCUCCUCCCCAGGCCUUAGGAGGGAGGAGGAGGGGGUGGGCCGCCCGCGCUGGGGUGGUUGUGCGCUUGCGCGGCCAGCUGCAUAGCCGGCUUCUGGAACUCAGCGGGUGGCGGCGGCGGCUGAGGAAAGGCCAUGAGGGAACUCGGGACACCUUCAAAACGUGCUCGCUGCGGGACUCCUUCUCCCACUUCGGAGCACGCCGCUGCCCGAGCCGACGCGGAGCCCGAGGACGAUGCCGAUCCCCGGAGCUGGGACACGGAGCGGCUGUGCUCUUUCCUCCGCGACCGCGGCUUCUGCAACCCGACGCUGCUCAGCCGCAUACGAGAAAACAAAAUUGGAGGCACUCAGCUGCUCAGCCUUGAUGAAUCACUUCUUGAAAAUCUUGGAGUAAGUUCUUUAGAAGAAAGACAGAAACUGCUGGAUUGUAUCAAUCAACUGAAUCAAAAUCAUGAAGAGACAAUAAAGAUAUUUAAUGAUCCUGUUCAUGGCCAUAUAGAACUUCACCCUCUUCUUAUCCGAAUCAUUGACACACCUCAAUUUCAACGGCUUCGAUAUAUUAAACAACUGGGAGGCGCUUACUAUGUUUUUCCAGGUGGCGCUCACAACCGAUUUGAGCAUUGUCUAGGUGUCGGGUAUCUAGCAGGAUGUCUGGUCCAUGCACUGCAUGAAAAACAGCCUGAACUACAGAUAACUGAGCGGGAUAUGCUAUGUGUUCAGAUUGCUGGGCUUUGUCAUGAUCUAGGUCAUGGACCAUUUUCACACAUGUUUGAUGGAAGGUUUAUUCCCCGUGCUCGCCCAGGAUAUGAUUGGAAGCAUGAAAUGGGUUCAGUCAAGAUGUUUGAGUACCUAGUUAAUGCCAAUGGAAUUGAAAAUGUAAUGAAGAAAUAUGGACUUGUUCCAGAAGAAGAUAUAUGUUUUAUCAAAGAACAAAUCGCAGGACCUCUUGAUUCAACAGAAGAGCAUUCUUCGUGGCCGUAUAAAGGGCGACCUGAAGAGAAAAACUUUCUUUAUGAGAUAGUGGCUAAUAAACGCAAUGGCAUUGAUGUGGAUAAAUGGGAUUAUUUUGCCAGGGAUUGCCACCAUCUUGGAAUUCCAAAUAACUUUGACCAUAAGCGCUUUAUUAAGUUUGCCCGUGUAUGUGAAGUAGACAAUAAGAAACAUAUUUGCACCAGGGACAAGGAAGUUGGAAAUCUGUAUGACAUGUUCCAUACACGCAACUGCCUGCAUCGAAGAGCUUACCAGCACAGAGUUGGCAACAUCAUUGAAACAAUGAUUACAGAUGCUUUCCUUAAAGCAGAUCCCCAUAUAGAAGUAGAAGGUAGUGGAGGGAAAAAGUACACACUUUCUACAGCAAUUGAUGAUAUGGAAGCCUAUGCAAAACUUACAGAUAACAUUUUUCUGGAGAUUUUGCAAUCUCGUAAUCCCAAAUUGGCUGAGGCACGAGAGAUUUUACUGAAAAUUCAAAGUCGUAAACUAUACAAAUUUGUGGGUGAAACUCAGCCAACAGGGGAAGAGAAAAUUAGAAUGGAGGAAUAUGAUCAACUUCCAAAAGAUGUUGCUGCUUCCACACCAAAAGGUGUAGAUCUAAAAGUUGAAUUAAAAGCUGAAGAUUUCAUAGUUGAUGUUAUCAACAUGGAUUAUGGAAUGCAAGAAAAAAAUCCUAUAGAUCAUGUUUAUUUCUAUUGCAAGAGUGACCGAAGUAAAGCAGUCUUGAUUACAAAAAAUCAGGUUUCACAGCUUCUACCUGAAAAAUUUGCUGAACAGCUUAUCCGAGUGUACUGUAAGAAAACAGAUAAGCAAAGUUUAGAGGCUGCCACGCAGUAUUUUGUUCAGUGGUGCAUAAACAAAAACUUCACCAAACCACAGGAUAGUGAUGUUGUGGCCCCAAAACUAACACCUAUGAAAGCAAGUUGGAAUCUCCGGUAUAGAGACCAAAGUCCAGAUCGUAAUAGAGAGCGUUCCAACAUCAAAACCAACCUUUUUCAGGGAAAAAAUUAAUAGAAUGGGAAUUUCCACUUAUCAUCUGCUUCUUAGAAAGAGAUCUGCCCAAUCACAAUGCUGCAAGAAGGUUUCAUCGCAUCUAUCCUCUCUUCCUUGGCCUCUUCAAACAAAGCUGUUGUGCAUAUAUCCCUCCAUCAGAAGCUGAUCCGAAUGUAAAUAAAUCAUACCAGCUUUUUCUUUCAAAUAUACUUGGGGAGCUGAGAGCUACAAACAGGGAAAUUUUAACAUAAUCAAUAUUUAUAAUAAAUUCCAUAGUAAUUUCAAGAUUUUAGUUGCAAUAGAGCCAUUUUAUGUGAGGGAACAAGAAAAUUUUAUAUCACUUAGGUAUAUAUACAGACUUCAGGAAAAGCAUUUUUCCAAAUUUGGCAUGGUAUCUAUAACUCUUAAUUCUUUAUGUUUAAAAAAGAAGAAGAAGAAGAAUCAUCCUUUUUAUACCCUCAAUUCCUGGGGGAGAAAAACUGUCUUAAAAAUUUAUGGGAAAGGGGCAGCUAGGUGGUUCAGUGGAUGGAGCACUGGUCCUGAAGUCAGGAGGACCCGAGUCUCAAACACUUAACACUUCCUAGCUGUGUGACCCUGGGCAAGUCACUUAACCCCAAUUGCCUCAGCCAAAAAAAGCAAAAAAAAAAGAAAAUGGGCAAUAGACUUGGGUUGUGGGAUGCGGAACUGAUAAUGUCCUUCUCCAGCCCUGGUUAAAACAGCAGAAUCCUUUAAACCCGGGCUGGCUCUCUGAGUGCUGCCUCCAGUAAGGUACCAGACCUCAUCCUGCUGGCUAGUCUUCUGAGGACUUAAGGGAAGGCUUGUCUGGAGUUGGCACUUUGGAGAAAAAGCUGUUUCUAGGGAAGAUGCCCCAGGCUCCAUUGUUCCAGACAAUCUCAGAGUCUACCCCAGGGCAACAUUGCUCCUCCUUCAGCUGCAUGACUUCCCUUUCACUCACCAGAUUUCUUAUUUCUGAAUAAAUAAGUCCGGAAGAAGUCACAAACCACCAGUUUCCCAAAGCUGGAUGCAGAAGUACCACUGCCUCCACAAAAGAAUUGUGCCCAGAUGUUUUUCUGGGAGAAGGACCUGGCUUUGCCGACGCCCUCGGGACUUUCUCAGUGGCCAGCUGGGCCGUUGCCGAAUCCCCUUUCCCUAGGGUGACCAGAGUGGGAAUGGAUGAUUCAGGAACCUUUUGGCGUAUGUGUGUGCCCCAGUCCUGCAGUGGAGUCCAAGGCCUUACGCAGGCGUUGCGGGUUUGGGAAAAGGGGAGUGCAGGCCGUGUCCCCAAAGCAGUUGUGCUCAGGGAUUUCCAGACUGUUCUCUGGAAAGUAAAGUCUUCCACACCCUUGAAGACCAAAAUCUUCACAGAACCCUCCACGAUCCCAUCUGGAAUCCUCUUUGCCGCUUCUGAGGCUGUAUGGCACAAACGUACUUCUCGUGUUCAGUGCUGUAACUGUGUGCUUCCGUGUCCCAGUAUCUUCACACCUCCAGGUCCCGACAUGAGGCCUUACACAAAAUAGACCCAGAAACCACGGCGUCCCCUGGCCUCUGAUCUUCGAGGGGAUUCUCUCCAGAAGUCCAAAGGGACGGCCGCCUUUCCCUGCUCAGGCUCCCAGCUUCAGGAUCACACAGCAAGGGGAUUGGGGCAGUCAUCAAGCGGAUAUGGUAUUAUAGGUCAAAAACCGGUGGGCAUGGGGCAGCUCGCUGGCACGGGGGCAGAGCACCAGCCCGGGAGCUUGGAGGUCCUGAUCCAGAGCAGCUUCAGACUAGCUGUGUGACCCUGCACAAGUCACUUAGCCCCAAUUGCCUCAGGUGGGGAGGGAGCAAAUAAGGAUUAUCUAUACAUUAUCUUCCCUCAGAAUGAAUGAAUGAAUUGGUCAGCUGAGUAAGAAAGUGCUGCCUCUGAUGUCUGUCCUCCAAUUCUUUUUAUAUUAUACAACAUGGAGUUCUUAGGACCUUGAACAAAUCACUUUGUCCAAUGACAAGAGGAAAUGAGGUUAGGGAAAGGGGUGGCAAAAAAAGUGAUGUUCUCAGAAUUAUUGUGCUGUAUAAGUGUUUUUUAUUCAGAUUAUGUAUCCAAGGGCAGGAAUGUAAUAACAAAGAUUGUAUUAUUUCUGCAAAAUGCUAUUAUUGAAUCAUGCUUGACUCUGGAACUUUAUAUCCUAAUGCCCUGUCAUUAUCAUGCACACCUUGGGGAGGUAGGGGCAGAAGAUCAAAAUCUGUUUGCAUUUUUGUCCUGUUGAGGAAGAUGCACUUUAUUUUAUGUUUGCCUUCCUACUUAGGCUAUUAGAUUAAAAUUUUGCUUAAGAAACACUUUUGCUGUUGGUGUGCAAACUUUGGUAAUUCCAUCACUGGAAUUAAAUAGUCUCUUGUUAAGAGCAUAGCAUUUUUAAAAAUUGAUUACUGUGACAGGUGUGGAGAAACACAGCAAUGAAGCUUUAUGAAUGUAUCUCCAAACAAUCUGAUCUCUCAGAACUUCUUUCAUGCUAUUUGUCAUUAUCCAUCAGAUACUGGACCCAUGGCUUACCCAAGAUUGUUCUUUCAUCCAACAAGAGAAACCUGUUUCAUCUUGGCCACAAAUGUUUCAUUCUCUCAUCAACCCAUUUGUCCUGUGAGUGUAGAUGGCAUUUAGCUCAAUCUGUGUAACUUCAUUUCUAUGACCCAACUUCACAGGAAUAAAAGCCAUGAAAGGGAAAAGUCUUUUAACAAUGGAGGGAAAAGCAGGUACUUGACCAGUAGAAUUAUCUUAGUUUCUCGUGCCCAGACUCACAACCUCUGCUGAGCAAUAUCAGGAGCAAAGGAGAUUUCAGAUGGAUCCUUCUUAGAUGUCCUCCUUGGAUAUAGACCACAGUCUUCCUCUCCUGUCUCUUAGAACUAACUCCUUAUGGUUGGCCUGGCAUGUGAAAAUAUUUAUAAUGUUGAUACUGCUUGACUCUGUUGUAUUUCCACAAUAAAGAGUUUACUCUGGGUUUCA